GUAGUUUUCCGGGUGUGAGUGACGUAACUUUUGACACCGCCACCCUAACCUCACCAUCCGUCAAUUUCCCAGCAAACGAUGGUCUUCCGCCGUUUAUUCCGGCCCCAAGUGAGCACACUUUUGCGCCAAUAUUGUGAUAAGAAGCCCCCUCAGGAGUACUUUAAUCGUGACGGUGACCGUGGCACGUCCAAAACCCUCACUUCUGAUACUCUACCCAAAGACUCAAAGAUCUUCGAGGCUAUCGGGGCCGCCGAGGAGCUGCUAAGCCACAUAGGCCUGGCCCGCGAGUAUGCACAAGAGGCGGAGCACGAAUACUCAGACAAACUCAAGCGAAUUCAGACAAUAAUCAUAGAUUUAAGCACGGCGAUUUCGCGCUCGAACGACCAGGCGAAGAAAAUCAUCCCGAAAAACUACACCAAAGAGCUGGAAGACUGGAUCUUGGAAUACUCGAAGCAGUUGCCGCCGCCUGAACAGUACAUUAUUCCUGGGGGCGGCAUCCCGAGUGCGUCUCUGCACGUUGCACGGGCGGUUUGUCGCCGGACUGAGCGCGUGAUCGUUCCUCUGGUGAACGAAGGGCAUUUGCACAACGAGGCCCUUAUUUACCUCAAUAGACUCUCGGACUUUUUGUUUAUCGUCUCACGAAUGGCCGCUAAGUUAGACAAGAGGACGGAGUCGAUCUAUAUCCCCAAACCCGACGAGAAAGUCCAAGCUCAAUAAUUUAUUACAUUUUGUACAUAGGAAAGUUUACAAAGUUUUAAUAAAAAAAUAUCAACAAAA